AUGCACGUCCUGGAGGACGAUCUUAAGGCUGUCGUAAAACCCCAGUAUGUCGACCAGAUCCCGAAGGCCAUCAAGGGACCGGACAAAUCAGUUGGCAAGCUCAUUGAGGGCCGCUCUCAGAUGGACAACCUCCAGGAGAUCACUGAGGUUCUUGAGUUGAAGCACGUAUAUGACCGUGACGUUACGCUGUUGUCUGGUGGAGAGCUGCAGCGUUUCGCCAUCGGAACUGUGUGCGUCCAAAAGGCGGAUGUGUACAUGUUCGACGAGCCAUCGUCUUUCUUGGAUGUGAAGCAGCGUCUUGCCGCCGCUCGUAUGAUCCGCAGUCUGCUCCGCCCUGAUGACUAUGUCAUCGUAGUAGAGCACGAUUUGUCCGUCCUGGAUUACCUUUCCGACUUCAUUUGCGUCCUUUACGGCAAGCCUGCCGUCUAUGGUGUCGUCACCCUCCCCGCCUCCGUGCGAGAAGGUAUCAACAUCUUCCUCGACGGUAACAUUCCCACCGAGAACUUGCGUUUCCGAGAAGAAUCUCUUCAAUUCCGUAUCGGUGAGGCUGGCGAGGAGUUCCUCACAGACAAGUCAAACGCAUACGGCUACCCCAAGAUGUCCAAGACCCUGGGCGACUUCGAGCUCAACAUCGAGUCGGGUGAGUUCACCGACUCCGAGAUCAUCGUCAUGAUGGGUGAGAACGGUACUGGAAAGACUACCUUCUGUAAGAUGCUUGCCGGCGCCCUGCAGCCCGACAACGGCAAGAAGAUCCCACCAAUGAACAUCAGCAUGAAGCCACAGAAGAUCACGCCCAGGUUCACCGGUACUGUCCGCCAGCUCUUCUUCAAGAAGAUCAAGGCCGCCUUCCUGAGCCCGCAGUUCCAGACCGACGUCUACAAGCCCCUUAAGAUGGACGACUUCAUCGACCAAGAAGUGCAGAACCUAUCUGGUGGUGAAUUGCAGCGUGUUGCCAUCGUCCUCGCGCUCGGUAUGCCCGCGGACAUCUAUCUCAUCGACGAGCCCUCGGCCUACCUCGACUCCGAGCAGCGUAUCGUCGCCGCCCGCGUCAUCAAGCGCUUCAUCAUGCACGCCAAGAAGACGGCCUUCGUCGUUGAGCACGACUUCAUUAUGGCUACCUACCUCGCCGACCGUGUCAUCGUUUUUGACGGUCAGCCUGCCAUCAAGUCCCGCGCCAACACACCCGAGUCCCUCCUGACCGGCUGCAACAAGUUCCUCAAGAACCUCGACGUCACCUUCCGCCGCGACCCCAACUCCUACCGUCCCCGUAUCAACAAGUACAACUCCCAGCUCGACCACGAGCAGAAGCUCAACGGCAAUUACUUCUUCUUAGAAAACGAGGCUUGA